AUGAUUCGACUCGCAUGCCUGCGUGGACCGGCCAUGCGCUCAGCCUGGUCCCGUGGCGCUUCUACUUUUUCCGGCGUUCAGUCACUGCCUAAAUUUGAAAUUCACGACGUGCGGGAUGACCCUGCGCUCGGAACAAUGACGCGUGUUGCCGUUGAUGGGAAGCUGCUUCUCAUUUCUCAGUACCCACAACUGGGCCCACGCAAAGUGGAUCCAAAUGAUUUAAGUCCUCAGUUUGAUGCGGACCGUCGCAUUUCCGUAAGGCUGCGUCAUGUAGACCUUGCGUAUCUUGUCGGCGUAUGUAAGGAGCGGGUGCCACGUCAUCGCAUGGAAACAAAGGCGUAUACGCUCGAUUUUGAGAAGUCUGCACAGGGGUAUCACCUUCACGGGAAGGUGCAUCGCGUGGCCUCGCAGCGGAUGGAGGACUGGUCUGUUAAAUUUGAUAACCAUUUCGCCGUGACGUUGGAGCACUUUUUGGAGAGUGCAUUGGACGAGAGCUUCGGGUUUCGUCAGCACUAUGCCACGCGGGCCGCAGAGGGAGGGGAGAAAAUUGCAGCGACAUCUUCAGCGGAGGGAGGCGCAAGGCGGAAGCGAUCUGUAAGUGACACAUCGCGAUACCAUUAA